CCCAAUAGUUUUUGACAAAGGGGGAUUUUAUUGCACUUCAAAUUGAUCAGUUACAAAGAAAGAACGAACCAACAAUCUGGUUCCAACGAGAGGAAGCCCAAAGGCAUCCGGUUACAAACAGAGUUGUGUAAGACAAAAUGCAGCAACAAAGAACACAACACAGUCUGCAAGCAACCACCCGGAAAGAGCAAAACCCUUGACCGAAAACAGAUCAUCAAGAAACUUCAUUGCAAACAACCAAUCAAAGUGCAACAAAACCACAAUCAGCUUGUCCGAUCAUAUCGAAAUCCAUGGUAGUUGAAAAUCAUCACCCCAUGUGCCGCCUCCUGGGGAAAACUCGAGGGCAUCCAUCACAGUGAAUCUAGAAACUAGACUGCAUGGCAGUGGAAAAGGAUAUAACCAGAUUGCUCCAAGCUGAAGAGGUAGAGGAGGCCGAGGCAGAGAGAUCAGGUUCGAAGAAGAGCAAAAGCUCCGAAGGUAGCCACAAACCUCCACGAAAACACCGAAUCCCAACCGCAACCACCGGAGAAGACCCAACUCACCACCAUCCGACAGCUCACCAAGCCACUCAUAACCUAGGGAGGUCGGAGAGGGAAAGAAGGGAAUGGCUUCACCUUGAAGAUGAGGCCACCAACGGGGGGACAAACCCACCAUCCAGAUCUGGAAGAGGCUCCCAAGUUGCAGACUCCAGCUCCUACGACGAGCAAGCCCAAGAACAUAGAACCAAGAUCUGAAAGAAGAGCCAUAGCUCGACUGGAAAGGAGAAAACUGAAAGGCAGAACGGCUGGAAAUCCGAUUGAAAACUGCCUAAGACACUGGCACGAGCACUAAAGCAAGGAAAGGAAACAAAGCAGAAAAAUAAAUAGUUUUGGGCUACCGCCAGUCACCUAAAAGGAGCCGGCGGCAGCCCCCGUUAUGAGAAAAGGAGAGCUGGAAGAGGAGAGAAGGCAGAGCAAAUUUCAAUUGGGAAAGGUAGAGAGAGAAUAAAAUAAAAUGCUACUGGUGUCCCACUAGUUACUUGAUCUAAAACAAAACAAAAAUCUUCUUGCUCUUAUCUAUGUCCAUUAUGCCUUUUUUGUCCCAAAUAGAACUUAAAAACACUGGACAAGCUCUAGUAGAUGAAUAUUAUAAUAUAGCUAUGUAAAAUGA